AUGGCUUCUCAAUCUCUGCCCCCACGUAUCUCAGACUUUGGCAUUGACCGCAUUUCCAGCCUUCCCGUCGAGCUUCUCAUAUGCAUUUGCUCUUACUUGGCCAACCGCGACAUCAAGUCUCUACGCUUGGCAUGUAAAAUCUUGGCACAAACCGCUCGUGUCCGGCUGUAUCGUGUUUUCCUCUCUGCCCACCCAUGCAACAUCGGAGUCUUCCGCGAAAUUGCAGACCACGAAGCUUUCCGGCACAAUGUCACCGAAAUCAUAUGGGAUGAUGCUCGCUUCAUCGAAGGCCCACAGCCGCAUCCCCACCCUGUUUGGGAAGUUGACGAGGCAGAUAUCGAUCCCGUCGAAGGAUGCCCCAACUGGUUUGUUGCGGAGUGUAAAGAAAACAUUGAGAACCUCAAUAUGCAAAGGGUUUGGAAAACGAUUUACGACUCAGAUCGACCAAAUCAUAUGACACGGAGAAAACAAGGUAUCGCGCAACCGCCGCUGAAAGUCUGCUGGCAAUUGUAUCAGAAUUUGUUCCACCAGCAGGAAGACGUGCUGUUAUUGAAUAGCGAUGUGGAUGCUUUUAUCUAUGGAGUCAGCCGGUUCCCGAGACUGAAACGAGUCACCAUAACCCCCGCAGCCCACGGAUGGCUCUAUGCCCCGUUAUAUGAGACUCCUAUGAUUCGAUUCUUUCCAUGUGGGUUCAACUACCCAAUUCCACGGGGAUGGCCGACAUCGAACGAUGGGGAAGUGCCGCGGUACGCCCAUCCCUGGAAAGAAGCAACCGAGGUCCGGAAGAACCAAUGGCGUGCAGUCAGAAAGGUGACAUCUGUACUCGCAGAAAUCAAACACAAUGUCUCGGAAUUGGUUCUGGAUGUCAACCAGCUUCCGACCGGCCUCAACUGUACAAUCUUUGAUCAGCCGUGUGAGGAAUACAAUAACCUCGUUCAAAUACUUCGAAGCCCCGGCUUUUGUCGUCUAGACCUUACACUCCUUGUGGGAGGGCAAGAAGGUAUUAUCGGUAACAACGACAAAACCUGGAUCUCAUUUCGCAGCGGGUAUCUUAAGGGGGCUCUAGCCGAAGCAAAGGAUAUGAGGUAUAUCAGUUUCGGAACAACAGUCACCACCGACACCAUACAUGACAUAAAGGAAAAUCCCACCCAUUUUAUCCCACUACAGACCAUAUUCCCUCUGGAGGAAUGGCCAAAACUCCGCUCCUUCACAUUAUCAAAUUUUCUGGUGAAGCAAUCGGACCUGAUGGAUUUCCUCGCUGCACUUCCGAAGACCGUAUGUUCUAUCGAAUUGAGUUUCCUCAAAUUCCUUGACGGCAACUGGCAUAGUCUGCUCACUGAAAUAUGUGAUACAUUAUGCUGGAAUCAGCGAGACAACGCAUCAAGGCCAAAACUCAUUGUUGGUACAGCGGACGGGAUGCGCCGGGCGGGGUUAGGCACCUGGCUGGACGGCGAGCUACACGAAUUUCUUUAUGGAGAUGGACCGAAUCCUUUUUGUCCCGAGUAUGGCGACUUUGUAGAUAACGUGGGAACUUGCCGGGAUGCAUUUGAGCCGGAGCACCAUUGGCCCAAUGUGAACCCGUUGACUCUAGUCCAGAUGGGGUACUAUAGGGCGUAG